AUGAUAGACACAUUGAAGAAGAUUAUGAAAGCCUCACAUUUGGAUAACGAUACAAAGAGAGUUGUUUGGGUAAGGAAAUGGCCUGCUUAAAUUGUAUUGGCAGUUAAUAUGAUCAGAUGGACCAGAGGUAGUGAGCUGGCUAUAAAUGAUAAAGACAAUUAAUAAGGAGGAUUGACAGGAUUUUUAUAACAAUUGAUUAAUGAACUUAGAGAUAUUGUUGAUUUGGUUAGAUAAGAUUUGUCUCCUUUAGAGAGAUUAACAUUGGGUGCACUUGUUGUGUUAGAUGUACAUGCAAGAGAUGUAAUUAGACAACUAGUAAAAAUUGGUUGCAAUGAUAUUAACAAUUUCUAAUGGAUGGCGUAAUUGCGAUAUUAUUGGACUGAAUAGAUAAUGAAAUGCAAUGUCAAGAUGAUCAAUGCUGAUUUACUCUAUGGAUAUGAGUAUUUGGGUAAUAGUAUGAGAUUGGUCAUUACACCUUUAACUGAUAGAUGUUAUCGUACUUUGAUGGGAGCAUUCCAUUUACAGUAUGGAGGUGCACCUGAAGGUCCAGCAGGAACAGGAAAAACAGAAACUGUUAAGGAUUUAGCCAAAGCAUUGGCAGUUCAAUGUGUUGUGUUUAAUUGCUCUGAUGGUUUGAACUAUUUAGCUAUGAGUAAAUUCUUUAAAGGAUUGGCAAGUUCAGGAGCUUGGUGUUGUUUUGAUGAGUUCAAUCGUAUAGAUUUAGAAGUGCUCUCAGUUAUUGCUUAAUAAGUGCUCACCAUUUAGGAUGCUAUCAGACAGAAGAGACCAGAGUUUGAAUUUGAAGGUACCUCAAUUAAAUUGAUUCUGUCAUGUGCCAUUAAUAUUACAAUGAAUCCAGGAUAUGCAGGUAGAUCCGAUUUACCCGAUAACUUAAAGGCUCUAUUUAGACCAUGCGCUAUGAUGGUUCCAGAUUAUGCAUUGAUUUCAGAAAUCUAUUUAGCAUCUGUAGGAUUUUAAGAUGCCAAUAAUCUAGCACGUAAAAUUGUGGCCUCAUUAAGAUUGUCAUCCGAACAACUUUCAUCCCAGGACCAUUACGAUUUUGGUAUGAGAGCCUUAAAAGCUAUUUUGACAGCUGCAGGUAAUCUAAAAAGAGUUAUGAAUGACAUUGAAGAUAUCAUAUGUUUAAGAGCCCUUAUGGAUGUCAAUAUUCCAAAAUUCACAAUAAAUGAUGUGCCCUUAUUCAAUUCAAUUACCUCAGAUCUAUUUCCAGGAAUCAAGUUGCCUGAAUAAGAUUAUGGAGCAUUGGAGACAGCACUCAAAAAUACGGCAUAAGAGAUCAACAUUCAAGCAGAAAAAGGAUUCAUUGAAAAGUGUAUUCAAUUAUUCGAUACCAUAAAUGUUAGACAUGGUCUGAUGAUUGUAGGAUAAGCAUUUGCAGGUAAAUCCAAAGUAUUGGAAUGUUUGGCCAAAGCCAUGUCUUCAUUAAAUAAGGUGUAAUCUUUUGUGAACGUUGCUGUGCUCAAACUUAAUCCAAAAUCCAUUACUUCAGAUCAGUUAUAUGGUAAAUUGGAUCCAGACACAAAGUCAUGGACUGAUGGAGUCAUUGCUAUUAUUAUGAGAUAGUGUGCGUAAGAUGCAGAAAUUGAAGAAAGGAAGUGGGUUGUAUUUGAUGGACCUGUUGAUGCAGUUUGGAUUGAAAAUAUGAAUACCGUAUUGGAUGAUAAUAAGAAGUUAUGUUUGACAUCUGGUGAAAUCAUUAAGAUGACAAACUGGAUGACUAUGAUGUUUGAAGUUGAGGAUCUUGCUGUUGCAUCACCUGCCACUGUUAGUAGAUGUGGUAUGGUCUUUUUAGAAACACAACAAAUUGGAUGGUAUGCCUUAGUCAAAUCAUAUAUAUAAACAAUCCCUGAAAAAUUCAUAGAACAUCACUAUUUGGAUGAUCUAUUAAGAGUCAUUAUUGAUGCCAGUUAGGAAUGGUUGAGGAAGAAUGGUAAAUUCCCAAUUUACAAGAGUGAAAUGACUCUGGUGAAAAACAUGUUACUGAUACUCCAAACUUAUUUACAGGAAUGGACAGACAUAGAUGAGAAAGCAUAAUAGAAAUAAAUUAAUCAUAAUGAAAUUAAGGAUGUAGUCUCUAAAGCUGUUCUAUUUUCUUGUGUUUGGAGUUUUGGUGCAGCCAUAGAUGAAGUGUGUCGAAAACAAUAUAAUUUAUUCUUGAUUAAGUUGAUAUCUGCAGAAGAUGUUCAAGAGACCUUCAACUUAUAACUGUAAUAUAAAUUUACACCUGUCUCUAUCAACGCUAAAUUACCAGAUAAAGCUAAUCUAUUCGAUAUGGUGUAUGACAGAAAUAAAAACAAUUUCAUCAGUUGGACUCAAACAUAGCCUCCAUUUGUCAUUCCUAAAGGAUGUGACUAUCAUGAUUUGCUCAUUCCCACUAGUGAUUCUAUUAGAAAUAAUUACUUUCUGCAUUUAUGUGUAAGAAAUAAGAUACAUUUAUUGGUAUCUGGACCAACUGGUACUGGUAAGACCUCGAAUAUUGUUAGUGAAAUCAAUAAAAACUAUUUUAACACUGAAUAUACAAAUUUGAUAACUGCGUUUUCAGGUUAAACUCUGGUCAAUUAAGUCUAAAAAACUAUAGAAGCAAAAGUUAACUCAAGGAGAAGAAAGGGAUAUUUUGGACCUGAGGAAGGCAAAAAAUACAUUGUUAUAUUUAUUGAUGAUUUGAAUAUGCCAGCCAAAGAAAAGUAUGGGGCAUAACCUCCGAUAGAAUUGUUAAGGUAGUGGAUGGAUACACAAGGUUGGUAUGAUUUAGAAACUAAAGAACCUAAGUUUCUUCAAGGAAUUACUUUUAUUGCUAGCAUGUUGCCACCAACAGGAGGAAGAAAUGUAGUAAGUAUGAGAUAUUUAAGACACUAUGUUCUCUUAUAUGUUGAACCUUUCGAAGGAGAUUCAUUACAACGUAUCUUUUAAAAUGUGUUGGAAUGGUAUUAUGCAAGACAGACGAAUCCAUUUAUGAAAUCAAUCACAAAUCUCAGAGAUUAAACAGUGAAUGCAACUCUUGAUAUUUAUCAAUUAAUUCAGACUUGUAAGGAACUUUUGCCAACUCCAGCCAAAUCACAUUAUAUUUACAAUCUUAGAGAUAUCAGCAAGGUGUUCUAAGGAAUUUCUAAAGGAACUAUUAAAUCUUUCAGGGAUGAAAAUGAUUUCAUAAAGUUAUGGGCACAUGAAUGUCAACGUGUGUUUUAAGAUAGAUUGAUUAAUGAAGAUGACUAAGGAACUUUCGACAAAAUAUUAAAGGAAACCAUUUUGAAACAUUUCAAACGAGAUUGGAAACAAUUAGUACAAAUAGAACCACUCUUAUGGGCUUCUUUUGUUCCCACCCUCUAUCCUGAUGAUGAUAAAACAAAGAGACCCAUGACUGAUAUCUAUUGUGAAUUAACAGAUCGAGAGACACUUAAGAAAGUAUGUCAGGAACAAUUAAAUGAAUACAAUUCAUAUGUUAUUUAUGAAUGCAAUCCAACACGUGCUUAAGAUAGUGCGUGUGGUCAACACAACAUUUGGUCAUGCUUUGUUGGUUGGUGUAGGAGGUUCGUGGAAGAGAAGAGUUUGGCCUAAUUGGCCUCCUUCAUUGCAUUCUAAAAUGAAACAUUGCAAGUGGACUCAAGAAAUUGGAUUGAAGAAUUGCAGAAGGUAAUGAAGAUGGGAGGAAUAGAUCAAAAGGAAUUUGUGUUCAUGUAUUCGGAUACUUAGAUCAUUAAGGAAUCGAUGGUUGAGGAUAUUUGCAAUAUCUUGAAUAAUGGUGAAGUACCUAAUUUAUUCCCACCUGAGGAGAAAAGUAAAAUCAUCGAAGAAAUGAGUAGUUACACAUCUGGAACUCCAAACGAGAAAUAUAGUUAUUUUGUAAAGUAGUGCAAGAAGAAUUUGCAUCUUGAGAAGCAUUUAGAAGGAGAUUGCGUACCUUUCCCUGCUUUGGUUAAUUGCACAACAAUCGAUUGGUUCUUGCCAUGGCCAGAGGAAGCCCUUAGAUCAACAGCUGAUGCAACAUUGAACCAUCUCGACUCUGACACUAAAUUGAGAUUGGGUUUGGUGGAUGUAGCAGUCGACAUGCAAAUCAGAGUGUCUGAUCUAACCAAAAGAUAUUACAACGAAUUAAGAAGAUACUAUUAUGUUACCCCAACAUCGUAUUUGGAAUUGCUCAACACAUUCAAGAGACUCAAGUCAGACAGAGAUCAAAAUAUGUCCAAAAUGAUAUCUCGAUAUGAGGCAGGUGUAGAUAAGAUCAUCAUUACAGAAAGUGAAGUGAGCAAAAUGUAGAAGGAAUUGGAAGAUUUGUAACCAAAAUUGGAGUAGGCUACUAAGGACAACAGUAUAAUGUUGAUUAAUUUGUAAAAGAAAUAGAAAGAAGCUGAUGCAAGAAAGUAGGUUUGUCAAUAAGAAGAGAAAGAUUGUAAUGUACAAAGAGAUGGGGCAAAUGCUUUGAGAAAUGAUUGUUAAAAUGAUCUAGACAAAGUGUUGCCCAUCUUGGCUCAGGCUGCUGAAGCUUUGGAAAAGAUUGAUAAAAAUGAUAUGGUUUAAUUGAAAUCAUUCCCUAAGCCUCCUCCUUCUGCUGCCAUUGUCAUGGAAGGAUUGUGUUACAUCUUUUAGGAAGAUUAAAAUGUGCCUUGGAAACCAAAAGAACCUGGCUCGAUGGAAAAAGUGUAAGAUUUUUGGGAGUAUUCUAAAAAGAAUCUUUUGAAUGAUAAGUUGAUUAAAAGAAUUAAGGAUUUCAGAGAUGAUUCAAUCAGAUAAAUUCCUUAAGUGAAGAUCAACAAAUUAAAGGCAUUCUCAUAAAACCCAUUGUUUUAGAAGGAUAAGGUGUUUAAUGCAUCCGUUGCAGCAGGUAAUUUGAGUUUGUGGGUUCGGGCUGUUGUAGAGACUUAUGAUGCUUUAUUGGUGGUGGAUCCAAAGAGAUAACAAUUAUUGGAGGCAGAGUCAAAGUUAAAGGAGGCAGAAGAAACUCUUAGAGUGAAGUAGGAAGCAUUACAGGAAGUGCUUGACAUGUUGGCUAAGUUGGAGGCCGAAUAUAAUAAGGCAAAGUAAGAGAAGGAGGACUUGGAAGCUAAGGUCAAUAAGGCUGAGAAAUUAAUUACUGAAUUAGGAGGUGAGAAGGAGAGUUGGAAGAAGAAGGCUGCUGAUUAUAGAGUUGAUUCUAAGACAAUUGUUGGUGAUUGCAUAUUGUCAUCAGGAAUUGUGGCCUAUUUGGGAGCAUUUCCAAUUGCCUACAGAGAUGACACAAUAAAAAUAUGGUAGACUUUGUUGGAGAAAUUGACUAUUGAAUUCGAUCCUGAAUUUUCAUUGCAGAAGAUCUUGUGUGAUCCAAUCACAAUGGGACAAUGGACAAAUGUUUAAAAAUUGCCAAAUGAUUCGUUUUCUAUUGACAAUGCCAUCAUUCUUAAGAAUUCCACUAGAUGGCCUUUGAUGAUUGAUCCUCAAACCUAAGCUAAUACUUGGGUUAAGCAUAUGGAAGCUUAGCAAUUAGUAAUUGUGAGACCUACCCAAUCGUAAAAUGUGUUAUCAAAGACCUUGGAAAGUGCCAUAUAAUUUGGAUAGAGUGUGUUGUUAGAAAAUGUAGGUGAAACCAUUGAUGCUAUCUUCGAAUCUAUUCUCUAAUAAAAGAUCAUCAAACAAGGGUCAGCUUACAAAUUGAAAUUCGGAGACAAAAUGAUUGACUACUCCAGAGACUUUAAGUUUUACAUGACUACUAAAUUGGCUAGACCUCAUUAUCCCCCUGAAAUUUGUGUUAAGGUUACUAUGUUGAAUUUCCAAGUAACUCAGGAGGGUUUGGAAGAUCAGAUGUUGAAUAUUGUUGUGAAGAUCGAGGAACCUGCCAAAGAUGAGCAAAGAUAAAGGAAUAUUAAGGAAUUCUUUGAAAAUAAGAAUAAGUAAAAGAUGACAGAAGAUAACAUUUUGCAAUUGUUGCAGGACUCAAAAGGAAAUCUUUUGGAUGAUGAAGUAUUGAUUGAUACUCUGCAGAGAUCGAAGGCGGAAUCAAUCACAAUUUAGGAUAAGUUGAAGAAACAAGAGCAGGAUAGGGAACAAUUUAAUUAAAUUCGUAAUUUCUACAAAGAAGUGGCCAAGAGAGUUGCUAAUCUAUACUUUGUUGUUUUGGAUCUGUCCUUAAUUGAACCUACUUAUCAAUGGUCUUUGGAGUUCUACAUCAUACUAUUUGAGAGGGCCAUUCGAGAGUCAAUAUAAGGAAAGGAGAAUAGAAGCAAAAAUAUCAUUGAUAAGUUUUAGAUAUCCUUAUACGAGAGUAUUUGUAGAUCUCUAUUGGAGAAGGAUAAGUUGAUAUAUUCAUUUUUGAUGACAAUGAAAGUGAUGCAAAGUGAGGGUAAGAUUACUCCACAAGAAAUCCGUUUCACUAUGGUUGGUGGUACAUACACAGAUCCAACAUAUCCAUAACCAUAACCAGAAUGGAUAUCGAAAAAGAUGUGGUGUCUAGUAACUGAAGCAGCUGACACUCUGCCAUUCUUUAAAGGAUUCCCUGAAUCAUUCUCUAAACACCUCUCUGAUUGGCAAGAAAUCUAUGAUAGCAGUGAACCAUAGACUCAACAAUUACCUGAACCUUGGAAUUCAUAAUUGACUGCUUUCUAAAAGUUGAUUGUCUUGCGUAUCAUCAGACCUGAUAAAUUUGCAAAUGCCACUCAGAAUCUGAUCAUAACAGAAAUGGGCAAAUAAUUUAUGGAUCCUCCCCCCUUCAAUCUAGAAUAUGCCUACAAAGACGCAGAUGCUUAUACUCCACUGAUAUUCAUAUUGUCUCCAGGUGCUGACCCUCGUUUGGAAAUAUCAACAUUGGCUGAUCGUCUAGGAUUUAGAUAGAACUUCAUUACUCUCUCCUUAGGUUAAGGUCAAGGAGAAAUUGCCACUAAUGCUAUCAAGGGAGCUGUCAAAGAUGGCAAAUGGGUUUUAUUGUAGAAUUGCCAUCUUGCACCAUCAUUUAUGCCUGAAUUAGAAAGAAUUCACGAAUAAGAAAUAUGUGCAAAGCCAGCUCAAGAGGUUAAUUCAGACUUUAGAAUUUGGUUGACUUCUAUGCCCUCAAAUGUAUUCCCAGUAACACUAUUAAUGAGAGGCAUCAAGAUGACAUACGAACCCCCAAGAGGCUUAAAAAACAAUAUGUUGAGAAACUUCUCUUCAAUUGAUGCCAAGAGUUUUGAGUAAUGUAAGAAACCUGUGGAAUGGAAAAAACUGUUUUUCGGUUUGAAUUUCUUCCAUGCUGUGUGUCUAGAACGUCGUAAGUAUGGACCUCUGGGAUGGAAUAUCCCUUAUGAAUUCACAUCAGCAGAUCUAGCCAUAUCAGUGUCUUAAUUGAAAAACUUCCUUGACACUUUCGAAGAUAUCCCUUGGGAGGCUCUUAAUUACAUGGUUGCUGAAGCUAAUUAUGGAGGUAGAGUCACAGAUCCCAAAGAUAGAAGAUUAAUUAGUAUUCUGCUUAAAUAAUUUUAUACAACUGACGUAUUGUAGAUUGACAAACAUAAAUUAAGUCCAAGUGGCAUUUAUUAUGUUCCUCCAAAUGGAGUGUUAGAAGAUUACAAAGAAUAUAUCAGAAAUCUCCCUCUGAAUGAUUAGACUGAAGUGUUCGGACUACAUGAUAAUGCAGAGAUAUCAUCAGCAAUUAUUGAAACUAAUUUCAUUACAUCAACCAUAUUAUCCUUAUUACCAAGAUCAACAGGAGGUUCUGGUGUGUCUGCUGAAGACUUAAUCAAAGAGAAAUGCAAACAAAUCUUAUCUAAAUUGCCUAAUUAAUUCAACGUUGAGGAUGCUGCUCGUAAACAUCCUGUGCAAUACAAUCAGAGUAUGAAUACUGUCUUGCAAUAAGAGUUGAUUAGAUUCAACAAAUUGUUAUUAGCUGUUAGACAGUCUCUCAUCGAUUUAGGUAAGGCAAUCGAUGGUUUGGUCGUUAUGAGUACAGAUCUGGAGCAAGUGUUCAAUAAAGUGUUUGAUAACCAAGUCCCGGAUGUGUGGCACAAAGUUGCUUAUCCCUCACUUAAACCACUAGGAUCAUGGAUCAAUGACUUUAUUGACAGAUUGCAUUUCAUGCAGUUGUGGAUUGAUAAUGGAGCUCCGCCAACCUUCUGGGUAUCUGGGUUCUUCUUCACUUAAUCAUUUUUGACUGGAACUCUUCAGAACUUUGCUCGAAAAUACCAAAUCCCAAUUGAUACACUCUCCUUUGAAUUCAUAGUGAUUCCUCCUUCAUCUCAAGAAUACGAUCUUACAAAACCUCCUGAUGAUGGAUGCUACGUUUAUGGUCUGUUCCUCGAUGGUGCUCGAUGGGAUGAGGAAAAUAGAUGUCUCAACGAAAGUUUACCAAAAGUACUCCAAUACAAGGUGCCCUACUUAUGGCUAUUACCAAGUGAAGAGAAGAAGGAUUGGGAUGCUGAUAUAUCGGUUUAUGAAUGUCCAGUCUACAAGACAUCGAGAAGAGCUGGUACUCUAUCAACGACAGGUCACUCCACCAACUUUGUCAUUUCUAUAUAUUUACCCAUUUCACCAGAUCAUCACCCAUAUCAUUGGGUCAAAAGAGGAGUGGCUAUGCUAUGCUAAACUGAUGAUUGAUUCAAAUUUUAUAGUGUUACGGAUUAAUAUAUAUAUUAAAAUC